UAUGUGCAUUCCUAUCUUCUCCAGGUUUGAAAAUUCCAAUUCUGAGUUUUGGUAAACCCAUCAUCUCUAGCACUUGUCUCCCCAAUAGGUAAAUUUUGACAUAUAAGUGAUUUUUUCAUAUAAGACAUCAUACGUAGAUUUAACUAAAACUGUUCAACUAAAAUAUCACAUGGACAAUUUUAUUUCUAACUAGGAUUGACCGCCGUCGUCACUAUCUUUUGAUUAUUGAAGGGGAUAAUUUGGGUUUCUUGAAAGCCCUUCAAUGGGUGUUUGAGACAAAAUAUUAUAAUGUUACUUUUGAAGUUGUUUUUCUUGUUUUUGGUGAAUAAGUUGAUUUUCAAACUGCGACUUUUGUUUUAAAUCAUUCAAAAUAUGAGGUUUUUGAAUUUAGGAUGAUUAUCGGUGACUAUCAACAUUACUCUUCUUUUCUAAACCAGUGUAAAUUGUAUUAGACAUUAAGCGGGGUUGAGUCCCAAAAAGAACAAAAACAAAACUUAAAAGUUUUUAAGAAAUGCAACCAAACUCCCAAUCAGCUAACAUGGUGAGGGAGGAAAAAUAUAGAGUUGUAUAAAAAAUAUGAUCGAUCUAAGAAGAAGAAAAACUGAAUUUAGCAAAAGUAUCCGCUACUUAAUUGACUAUACAGGGGACAUGAAUUAACUUAAAGUGAUCAAAUUGUGCACACAUCUCCUUUAUAUGACUAACAAGACCAUAACAUAAAUGUCUAUGAGAACAAUUCUUCAAAAUUGAGGACACUACUACUUGAGAAUGUGAUAUGAUAUUGAUGUUUUUGAAACCUCUAACAAAGGCUACUUUCAGUUCAUUAUAUAUCGCCUAAAGUUUUGUCAUUAAUAUCGUACACAUCUACCUCUAAAGCAUAAGAGUAGCCAAAAAUAAAAGCACAAAUGUAAUCACAAACCAUUGUCUCUACAAGUUGUCAUUCUAUUUUAGUUUUGAAUUGUACCAUUUUCGUUGAGAGCAAAAAAAUUAAGUAUUGUGUUUCACUAUGCAUGAAGAUUGACAUUGAAUGAAAUGCAAUGAAUUCUUUUAAUUAAAAAAACUAAAAUUCUUUAACCACCUUUACCCUCCAAACACAACUUGUAGACAACAUAUAGAUAAAUGUGUCUAGUUGAACAUCUUGUAAGACAAAUAAUACUAUCCUCAACAUGAACCCCUUCUCCAAAUCCCAAAUUAACAUCCAUAUUUUAAUUAACACAUCUAAUAUCACUUAUCCCAAUAAACAUUAUUCUCUUUUGGGUCUUCUCAACAAACUCAUUUUGGAUUAGAACCAUCAUUUUAAGUUUUUAGUAGCAUUUUUAUUAAAGAGAAAAAAAAAAGUACUACUCAUACCUGAAUUAAUAUGAACAAUUAUACUUUUUAAGACUAACAUCUAAUGUUUUACAUCAGGGACAAAGUCUCGUGCAACAAACAUGUAACACUGAUGAUCAAGUUGACACCUUUUGUAGAUUGACACCAACUGAGAGACCAAGACGCUAAAAAAUGUGUCACUUUCAACUUACAAUUCAAAAAUUAAAUAAAUGCUUGUUAGCAUUUACACGUUAUUUUCUAGAAGAUUAAAUUUAGAAUAAUUGACCAUCAAUUAAAAAUAAUUUCAAAAUGAAAGAUUGUUUUUUCGUCUCCUAUAUUCUCAAAAUAAACUACCUUUCAAAACUACCUUUCAAAACACAAACUUAUAGUUGUUUUCACAACCAUAAUUCAAUAUUAAGCAUAACAUAUUUAUAAAUUAAUAUUUUACUCUUCUAAAAAAAUCAUAUAUUUAUCAUUUUGACUAUAAAAAUUGACGAAAAUUCUCCGAAGUGAACAACUUAUGUUUAUGGUGUAUUUGAUUGGAAAUGUUUACAGGGGAGGGAGAAGAUCUUUAUGUUUGGUUAAAAUUUUAGAAGGAGUGUGAAGUAAAAUCCCUCUUUAAUUUGGUUUAGUUUUCCCUCCAUUUUGAGGAAUUUUGAGAAUAGGGGACGAGACAUGUCUCUACUUAAAAAUUAUUCCCCUAUCCUUCCCUCAUUUGUAACAAACAUAUCUCUACUUUCUUUCUUUCACUCCAACUUUCCUCUGUUAAAUUUUUCUUCUCCCUCUUAUUUUAUACUUCAAAAUAUUUAAAUUGAAGUCUAUUAAACUUGUGACUUAAUAUAUGUUCAAAGGUAAAUGAAAAGCAUAAAAACAUGUAUAUUUCAAAGUCAAAACUAUACUUUUAUAGUGAUACAUGUUCAUAUAUUCUAUUUUUGUCUAAUAAAAAUAAUUAAUUAAUGAAUAAGUAUGUUGCAGUUGUCGUUUUUGGUUAAGAAAAUAGCGAUAGGCGAUGUUGAUGUAAAAGGCCCGGUCCUAAGGCCCAAUGCAAAACCCCUCUAGACGCCGCCGAUCAAUAGUGAAUUCGGCCACCAUUACACGCGACAACGAUUGGGACUUUAGGGUUUUGAAAUUCACAAACCAUUUCAGAGCUUCUACUUCAAUUUCGAAUUCGAUUUCGCUUCCAUUCAGUUAUACAACAAUUUAACUGGCCACAAUUUUUCUGGGCAACUCUUGGCAUCUAAAUUUCUUGAAAUUCAUUUCGUCGUAGAUUUUGUUUUGAGUCUUUGAUUGGCCUGUUGAGCAUUGUUAUCCUCUUGAUUUUUAUGAUGAACCCUGAAUUUACCAUUAGAAUCGAUCACAUUGCUACUCCUUGGUCCAUACCUCAUGGAACAGUUUCAAACAAAAUUCUUACUCUGCUAUUCCAUCUGGCCACUCAUAUUGUUUCCACCUUUCCAUAUUUUCAAUCUCUCUUCUAUGUGUGCUUCUGGCUUCUGUGCUUCCUUCACAGUUGCCCUGCAAGCUUGAUUUUUUUAGAUACACAAAAUGCCCGGGACAAGACAGAAAGAUGGACCCGGCCAAAAUUCAGAGUCUUCAGGGGGGAACAAUGAACCUGAAAAACCCACAGAUUCUGGUGAGCAGGUAGACCUUGAUGGGGACAAUCAAGAGGAGACAACGGAUGAAGAGGUUGAGUAUGAAGAAGUAGAGGAGGAAGUAGAAGUGGAAGAGGAAGAGGAGGAAGAGGAAGAAGAGGCAGAGGAAGAGAGUAAGCCAUCAGAUGGUGAAGGUGACAUGAGAGUGGAAGAUACUAAGGAUGAGGCUGAGAAAAAGAAACACGCGGAGCUUCUUGCACUUCCACCUCAUGGUUCAGAGGUUUACAUUGGGGGAAUUCCUCACGAAGUUUCUGAAAAAGAUUUAAGGGCCUUUUGUCAAUCUGUGGGAGAAGUGGCAGAGGUAAGGGUUAUGAAGGGAAAAGAUUCAAAAGGUUAUGCUUUUGUGACCUUCAAAACAAAGGAAUUGGCAUCUAAGGCUCUUGAGGAGUUGAACAACUCUGAAUUCAAGGGAAAAAGAAUAAAGUGUUCACCAUCUCAAGUCAAGCAUAGGUUAUUCAUUGGUAAUGUUCCUAAAGAUUGGACUGUAGAAGAUAUGAAGAAGGUUGUUGCCGAGGUUGGCCCUGGAGUUACUUCUGUGGAACUGUUGAAGGAUCCACAGAGUUCUAGCCGUAAUCGGGGAUUUUCUUUUAUUGAGUAUCACAAUCAUGCUUGUGCAGAUUAUUCAAGGCAAAAGAUGUCAAACUCAAAAUUUAAACUCGACAAUAAUGCUCCAACAGUAAGCUGGGCUGACCCAAGGAAUUCUGAUUCUGCAUCUUCUCAGGUCAAAGCAGUAUAUGUAAAGAACCUUCCAGAAAACAUAACUCAGGAUCAGCUGAAGGAGCUGUUUGAACAUCAUGGAAAGAUCACAAAAGUGGCCCUCCCUCCCGCUAAAGCUGGACAAGAAAAGAGCAGAUACGGUUUUGUGCAUUUUGCUGAUAGGUCAAGUACAAUGAAGGCUUUGAACAAUACGGAGAAGUAUGAAAUUGAUGGCCAGACUUUGGAAUGCUCACUCGCCAAGCCACAGGCAGAUCAGAAGCUAUCCAGUGCAUCAAAUUCGCACAAGUCAGUUGUACUUCCCACUUACUCACCUCCUCUGGGCUAUGGUAUGGUUGGUGGUGGGUAUGGUGCUGUUGGGGCAGGAUAUGCUGGUGCUGGCUUUGCACAGCCUCUGAUGUUUGGUCCGGGAGCAACCCCUGCUGGCAUGGCGAUGAUGCCAAUGCUCUUACCAGACGGAAGGAUUGGAUAUGUAUUGCAACAACAAGGUUUACAGCAGCAUGGUUUGCAACAGCACGGAUUGCAGCAGCAUGGUUUCCAGCAACGUGCUCCUUCACCAGUAUCCCGAGAUGGCAGGAGUGGUAGUGGUAGCUCAAGUGGUGGGAGACGCAGUAACGAUAAUACCCGUAAUCGUGGGCAUGGCCGAUAUAAUCCCUACUAAUGUAAUUAUUCUCAUGUGGGCUUCAGGGUGCUAUGAAAUUGUGGUUUGUUCCUACUGGUUCCUCUCCCAAUUCCGAAAAUUAAUCUAUGGCAUACAUGAGAAAAGUUGCAGAACAGAAUCUGGAGAAAUGAUUUGUUUAAAUGUAUAUUUGUUAAAACUAUCA